AGGAGUAACAUAAAAAAAUUAAAAUCUAUGCUAAUGUUAGCUACACUUGUAGCUAUUCCCAAGUAAGUAAUUGGGAAUCAAUUAGUUCAAUUGUCGAUUCAAUCAUGUGUCGUUAGUAAACGUCAUACUUGAAAUACUGUUUGGGGAUUAUUUCAUCAUAAUCUGAGUGUUCAGAGUAGCGUAAACUAGCUAGCUAGCAAAGCAGCUACCAUUCAAGGAAAUCAACAGGAUCUCUAUGGUAGCUGUCAGCUAAGCUAAUGUUAGAUAGCAGCUGGCUAGUUACCAGGUAACUGCCUGAAGUGUGAACUAUGGGCCAGCAAUACAGUUAGUCAUAGGCAAUGCCUACUCAUAAUUGUUUAAAAUCACACAAUGCACACCGAUGACGUCAUUGGAAACACUUAUUUCCUCUAUCUUUUGUAGUACAAAACAAUUUUCACAUACGUUGAUGUUGUGGUGGUGCUGGACAUGAUGAAUAUGAAGUUGAAAAUGUGUGAAAUUUCCCUUUAAUAUUGCAGGUUUUACAUCUGACAUGACUGUUGUUAUCUAACAUUUUUCCUUUGGGUACUGCAUGCACUGGAACAACAUACUCACUCAUUCAUUUCUGAUGACUUCACUUGAAUAGUCAUAGAUAUGUUUAUCUCAAGGGUGGCCCCUCACCUAGGUCUGCUUUGCAGAGGAACUGGUAAGUGUGUCAAGACAUGUCAGAUCUAUAGCUAACCUAAAAUGUGGCACUAUCACUUGAAAACAGUAAAUUAAUACAAUUCUGUUUAUUCUCAUUCAAUGCUCAGGUGCACUAGACUCCAGGACAGUCAUUGAGUGAUUCUUUUCUGCCUGUCUUUCUUACUCGUUGCUCUUCUCUAUAUGUAAAACCCAAACACUAUGACACAGCAGCAGACAACACACAGCCUCCCCAACACUGGAACCAGAGCUGGAAGAGUUCCCCAUCCCUCGUAAUCCAUCAGUGUCCCCACAUAAGAGCUGGCUCUACCUGCACUACUCCCUCCCCUUCUAGUGGCUCCUCUGCCACUGGAGGACACCAAGGUACUGCCCCCGUUAAUUAAGAGGCCCUCUCCUGGAGGAGGGUGAAGGCUCAGUAACUAAGUAGCUCAGAAUCUAAUGUAAGAACGUGCUGGAGAUCCGGCGGCGGAAGAUGAACAGGUACAAGUACAAGAAGCUGCUGAAACGCACCAAGUUCCCGAGGAGGAGAGUGUUGGAUGGCAAGAGGGAAAAGAAUCGGAAACACUUUGAGAUGGAUCUUCAGAGGAUCUGGAUGCGAGCUGGACUGAAGAAAUCCCCAGAGGGAUGGAAUACACAGAGGAUCUGGAUGCGAGCUGGACUGAAGAAAUCCCCAGAGGGAUGGAAUACACAGAGGAUCUGGAUGCGAGCUGGACUGAAGAAAUCCCCAGAGGGAUGGAAUACACAGAGGAUCUGGAUGCGAGCUGGACUGAAGAAAUCCCCAGAGGGAUGGAAUACACAGAGGAUCUGGAUGCGAGCUGGACUGAAGAAAUCCCCAGAGGGAUGGAAUACACAGAGGAUCUGGAUGCGAGCUGGACUGAAGAAAUCCCCAGAGGGAUGGAAUACACAGAGGAUCUGGAUGCGAGCUGGACUGAAGAAAUCCCCAGAGGGAUGGAAUACACAGAGGAUCUGGAUGCGAGCUGGACUGAAGAAAUCCCCAGAGGGAUGGAAUACACAGAGGAUCUGGAUGCGAGCUGGACUGAAGAAAUCCCCAGAGGGAUGGAAUACACAGAGGAUCUUCAACAAACAAUCCAAAGUAUCAGAGAGAUUGAAGAGUACAGACUGAAUGUCUGUACUCUUCUGGCACGCUGCUGACUGACAGGAAUCACAUGCUUCUCAUCAGCCUGCUCUCAUCUCUGCUACUUGAAAUAAGACAUUAGUGAUGUGGACAUUUUCCAGUUGUGUUCUGCCCUCUCCUGUUAAGUGUGAUGGUUGUUGCAAGUAGGUGAAAAAAAUAAGAUUUUUUUCACAUCCUGAUUAUUCACUCUACUUAUCUUAUAUCUUAUAUAUCAUGCAGCAUGUUCAUACCUUCUUAGAAUAGGCUGUUAUUUAAUACCUUCUCCUAUGCAGUUUCCUAAGUCAAACAGUGGGUGGCAGUAUUGUACAACCUUUGUUUCAUUGAACAUUGUGAAUUUGGCAGUCUCAAAGAUGUUCAGCUGAAAUAGUCUAUUGUUGUUCAGUCAGUGACAAAGUUAUGAAACUAUUCUGGUAAGCUGUGAUAUUAGCUCAGAAGAAGUGAUCACUUUCAAAGAUGUUCUCACUCAGUAGCAGUGCCAGGAAGGUGUAGGGUUUCACAGGCAAGCGGAGGAGGGACAUACACAGCUGGUUCAGACUGGAGACUUCUGCAGUUUUGUUGUUGCUGGUUGAUGAACUUUCUUCAGGUGUUGCUGUCCUCUAUCCAUUGAUGCGCAAAACACUGUGUUGUAACCUACCUACUUUUAUCCCAUUUUUUGAGUAAGAGUUGUAGGAGAAAGACUGGAAGACAUGUGGCGGUUGUUUCUAAUUUCUUCUGUCUUCUUCCUGCCCAGUGCGUGGGGCCAGAGCAGCAGCAAGUUAGAUGUGGUGGUGGAGGCCCGUAACAUCACCCUCCCAGCCGGGACCCAGGCCGUGCUGCCCUGCCACAGCUCCCGCAUGAUAUGGACCCGGGACCGGCUGAAGGAUCGCCAGAGGGUGGUCCACUGGGACCUGUUCCGGAGCACACCAGAGUACUCUGUGGAAAGGAUACUGGACAUGUCUGCUGGCGUCAAAGAGAGAGUAUACAAUGGGUUCAACAAGGGCCGCAUAACCAUCCCCAAAACCGCCUUCACUGACGGGAACUUCUCCCUCGUCAUCAACAAUGUAGGACCAGCUGAUCGAGGUGUUUAUAGUUGUAAUCUGCAUCACCACUACUGCCAGCUUCACCAGUCCAUCAAGAUACAGCUCAACACCACCAAGUCAGUCCGUAAGGAGAAGCGUUACUGGGACGGGGACAAGACAGUGUUUGUGGUGUUGCUGGGCAGCUCUGUGGUGUUGCCUUGUGUGAACAGGCGGCCCCUGUGGAUGGAGGGCCAGCAGGAGGACCAGCAGCAGGUAGCCCACUGGGACUGGCAGCCACCUGGGGUGAGACCUGAUGGAGCUGACCGCAUGGUGGACCUUUACGCCUCUGGAGAGCGCCGGCAGUAUGGACCACUCUUCCCUGUGGACAAGAUGAGUGUCUCUGAGGAUGCCUUCUCUGUAGGGGAUUUCUCUCUGACCAUCUCUAAUCUCCAGCCUGUCGACAAGGGCCUGUACUCCUGUCACCUGCACCACCACUACUGCGGCCUGCACGAGAGACGCAUCUUCAGGCUCAUGGUGGGGCCUUCACUGCCCCCACCUCCUCCGGUCCUCACUGCUGCCCCUGUUGCCCCCGCUGUCCCGACUGUCCUUGCUAUCCCCCACAGACUCCCCAAUGAUGACCCAAGCCCUGAGGUGGUUGAACUUGAGAGACCACGGGUAGUCAAUGUCAUCCUCCCUGAGCACCCAGGGCACUUCUUCCAGCAGAUGGGCUACUUCCUGGCUACCUUCCUCCUCCUAGCCUUCAUCAUAACAAUCGUCAUUGUGCUUACCCGACGACGUAGAAAGAGAGGGCUGGAGUACGACCUGCGCAGAUCCGAACGGAGUCAUGUGACUGGCUACGAUGACAUCGCAUUGGAUGCCACAGAGCUGAAAGUCUGCACCCAGGAAUACCUGAAUUCAGACUACAAAAACAACCUACUGAAAGAGAGAGGUAUGUCUAAAGGCUGCAAUAAAGAAAUGGAUGGAAAGUUGUGGAUAUGAGACAGAGAGAGCUGAUAUGCCGCUGGCGGCUCCAGAGCAGACAUACAUGACUAGGAAGAGGAAAUAAGGGAUUAGAAUGGUGGAAUCCAAAAAGGACAGGAAAGGACUCUGUCUCUUUUUAUAGACACCCCUUACCAAACACUCUUACCAAAACAUUUCUGUUGCUGCGCUAGUUUUUAAUAUUUUAUUUUAUAUUUUCAUACUUGUGUAUUCUGUAUUCUGAUCUGAUGUUAUUUCAAUAUGACUAAACAUGUCUUAAAUUUUGUAUUGUACUACAGAGAUAUUUGAUGUCAAGUAUUUUAUAUUACAAAAAACAACCAGUGGGUGCUAUACAACAUUCGUUGUCUUUUUGUACAUAACAAAAUACUUUCUAUCAGUAUAUGACUUCAUUUUCAGAAAGCAUGUUGUCUUUAAAUGUAUGUGGGAAAACUGUCAUGUUCUGUUUUCUGAUUUCAGAGCUCAGCCAGCUCAGAAUUAGUUGAGAAUGUUUAUUAAAAUAUUUGCACAAACCUGUAAUUUACUAGUAAUAUACUAGUAACAUUCAUUCUGUCUGUAAAGGGUUUGUAAAGGGUCAUAAGUAUUUUAUAGCCAUGCUGUUAAUUAUUAGUUCAUAAGUUGCUUAGAAAUCUGUUUUAAGCCGUUAUACCUGUUAUAAUGGUAUUCUUACCAAGUUCAUGCGAUUGAUGAUCAUGGACCACAAAGAAAGGCUAUACAUGUAAUAAAACUCAGGAAAUCAAGCCUUUAACAGAAUCAAUGUAUCCAGAUGUGGUUGUUGAGAAUGUACAGUUGUGGCCAAAAGUUUUGAGAAUGACACAAAUAUUAAUUUCCACAAAGUUUUCUGCUCCAGUGUCUUUAGAUAUUUUUGUCAGAUGUUACUAUGGAAUGCUGAAAUAUAAUUACAAGCAUUUCAUAAGUGUCAAAGGCUUUUAUUGACAGUUACAUGAAGUUGAUGCAAAGAGUCAAUAUUUGCAGUGUUGACCCUUCUUUUUCAAGACCUCUGCAAUCCGCCCUGGCAUGCUGUCAAUUAACUUCUGGGCCACAUCCUGGCUGAUGGCAGCCCAUUCUUGUAUAAUCAAUGCUUGGAGUUUGUCAGAAUUUGUGGGGUUUUGUUUGUCCACCUGCCUCUUGAGGAUUGAACACAAGUUCUCAAUGGAAUUAAGGUCUGGGGAGUUUCCUGGCCACGGACCCAAAAUAUCGAUGUUUUGUUCCCCGAGCCACUUAGUUAUCACUUUUGCCUUAUGGCAAGGUGCUCCAUCAUGCUGGAAAAGGCAUUGUUCGUCACCAAACUGUUCCUGGAUGGUUGGGAGAAGUUGCUCUCGGAGGAUGUGUUGGUACCAUUCUUUAUUCAUGGCUGUGUUCUUAGGCAAAAUUGUGAGUGAGCCCACUCCUUUGGCUGAGAAGCAACCCCACACAUGAAUUGUCUCAGGAUGCUUUACUGUUGGCAUGACACAAGACUGAUGGUAGCACUCACCUUGUCUUCUCCGGACAAGCUUUUUUCCGAAUGCCCCAAACAAUUGGAAAGGGGAUUCAUCAGAGAAAAUGACUUUACCCCAGUCCUCAGCAGUCCAAUCCCUGUACAUUUUGUAGAAUAUUAGUCUGUCCCUGAUGUUUUUCCUGGAGAGAAGUGGCUUCUUUGUUGACCUUCUUGACACCAGGCCAUCCUCCAAAAGUCUUUGCCUCACUGUGCGUGCAGAUGCCCUCACACCUGCUUGCUGCCAUCCCUGAGCAAGCUCUGUACUGGUGGUGUCCCGAUCCCGCAGCUGAAUCAACUUUAGGAGACGGUCCUUGCUGGACUUUCUUGGGCGCCCUGAAACCUUCUUCACAACAAUUGAACCGCUCUCCUUGAAGUUCUUGAUGAUCCGAUAAAUGGUUGAUUUAGGUGCAAUCUUACUGGCAGCAAUAUCCUUGUGUAACGGAUGUGAAAUGGCUAGCUAGUUAGCGGGUACGCGCUAGUAGCGCUUCAAUCAGUUACGUCACUUGCUCUGAAACCUAUUAGUAGUGUUGCCCCUUGCUCUGCAAGGGCCGUGGCUUUUGUGGAGCGAUGGGUAACGACGCUUCGUGGGUGACUGUUGUUGAUGUGUGCAGAGGGUCCCUGGUUCGCGCCCGUGUCGGGGCGAGGGGACGGUUUAAAGUUAUACUGUUACAUUAAUGCUGUUGACCCGUAUCACUGGUUUCUGCGGGAAAAGGAGGAGGUCGAAAGGGGGGUGAGUGUAACGGAUGUGAAAUGGCUAGUUAGUUAGCGGGUACGUGCUAACAGCGUUUCAAUCAGUUACGUCACUUGCUCUGAAACCUAGAAGUAGUGUUGCCCCUUGCUCUGCAAGGGCCGCCGCCUUUGUGGCGCGAUGGGUAACGAUGCUUCGUGGGCGACCGUUGUUGAUGUGUGCAGAAGGUCCCUGGUUUGCGCCCGUGUCGGGGCGAGGGGACGGUUAAAAGUUAUACUGUUACACUUGCCUGUGAUGCCCUUUUUGUGCAAAGCAAUGAUGACGGCAUGUGAUUCCUUGCAGGUAACCAUGGCUGACAGAGGAAGAACAAUGAUUCCAAGCACCACCCUCCUUUUGAAGCUUCCAGUCUGUUAUUCGAACUCAAUCAGCAUGACAGAGUGAUCUCCAGCCUUGUCAUUGUCAACACUCACACCUGUGUUAACGAGAGAAUCACUGACAUGAUGUCAGCUGGUCCUUUUGUGGCAGGGCUGAAAUGCAGUGGAAAUGUUGUUUUGGGAUUCAGUCAUUUGCAUGACAAAGAGGGACUUUGCAAUUAAUUGCAAUUCAUCUGAUCACUCUUCAUAACAUUCUGGAGUAUAUGCAAAUUGCCAUCAUACAAACUGAGGCAGCAGACUUUGUGAAAAUUAAUAUUUGUGUCAUUCUCAAAACUUUUGGCCACGACUGUACACUACCAUUCAAAAUUUUGGGGUCACUUAGAAACGUCCUUGUUUUUGAAAGAAAAGCACAUUUGUUUGUCCAUUAAAAUAACAUCAAAAUGAUCAGAAAUACAGAGUAGACAUUGUUAAUGUUGUUAGUGACUAUUGUAGCUGGAAAUGGCAGAUUUUUUGUGGAAUAUCUACACAGGCGUACAGAGGCCCAUUUUCAACAAACAUCACUCCUGUGUUCCAAUGGCAUGUUGUGAAGGCUAAUCCAAGUUCAUAAUUUUAAAAGGCUAAUUGAUCAUUAGAAAACCCUUUUGCAAUUAUGUUAGCACAGCUGAAAACAGUUGUGCUGAAUAAAGAAGCAAUAAAACUGGCCUUCUUUAGACUAGUUGAGUUCCUGGAGCGUCAGCAUUUGUGGGUUCGAUUACAGGCUCAAAAUGGCCAGAAACAAAGAACUUUCUUCUGAAACUCGUCAGUCUAUUCUUGUUCUGAGAAAUGAAGGCUAUUCCAUGCGAGAAACUGCCAAGAAACUGAAGAUCUUGUACAACGCUGUGUACUACUCCUUUCACAGAACACCGCAAACUGGCUCUAACCAGAAUAGAAAGAUGAGUGUGAGGCCCCGGUGCACACCUGAGCAAGAGGACAAGUACAUUAGAGUGUCUAGUUUGAGAAACAGACACUUCACAUGUCCUCAACUGGCAGCUUUAUUAAAGAGUACCCACAAAACACCAGUCUCAACGUCAACAGUGAAGAGGCGACUCCGGGAUGCUGAUCUUCUAGGCAGAGUUCUUCUGUCCAGUGUCUGUGUUCUUUUGCCCAUCUUAAUAUUUUAUUCUUAUUGGCCAGUCAGAUAUGGCUUUUUCUUUCCAACUCUGCCUAGAAGGCCAGCAUCCUGGAGUCGCCUCUUCACUGUUGACAUUGAGACUGGUGUUUAAAAGAUGAAUUCAACUAUUGCAAUUGGAUGGAGUCCUGAAAAUAUUUCAAUUUGGAUUUUACAUACAAGCAACCUAUCUAUGCAGUUGCAUGUUGUUGGUCCAUUCUUUCCCCUCUAAUAAAGGUUAAAAACAAA